AUGGCUGGAAGUCAACCAAUAGUUCCAAAGAUAAGUAGUCCCUUGGGUGUAUUCAGAACAUCACAAGCAGUUGCUUCAGAUGUAUCUAUUAAUGUUCUCAUUUACGUGUUGAUUUAUGCUAUUAUUUAUGUAUUUCGUCUACGUAACCUUUUGAUCAGAUUAAAUCAAUAUAUCCUUAGUGCAACAUUGGUAGUAUUGGAAAUAUUUUGGAUAAUUCCAUAUAUUCUUGUUAGAUUGAUAUACAUUAUAUAUAACGCACUGAAUGAAUCAAAAAGAAAUGAUUAUCGCUAUAACACUCAUGGGAUUUUGCGGACAUUUGUUGUUCAUAAUCAGUUUUGGAAAUUUAAAAACAAUUUGGUAAUGAAUUCAGUAUUUCAAAGAGGUGCUAACAUAUUCUUGGAAAUUCAGGAUGACAUUGUUAUUCCUGAUGUCACUGGAGAUAAUAAUGACAUAAUUAUACGUGCAAGUGAAGAUGAUUUAUCGUUCAUGACCAAUGAAUCCGAAUCAAAUAAUGACAGGCGAACAAAUACUUUUAAGAAAUGGUCCAUGCAUAAUAAAUUCGGUUCAUCUAGCUCAAUGAAUAUAUUCAAGUCCACGUCAAAGAAUCAACCCAUAGAUAUAAAUGAUAAUCGCAAUAUUGCAUCUGCUUAA